AGUCGGCGACCCAUCCAUCCAUCCGUCCGUCCGUCCGUCCGUCCGUCCGUCCAUCCAUCCAUCCAUCCCGUCCGUCCACACGUUCAUACGUACGUCCGUGAAACGUGCUUCCGCGUCAAUCCGCGUCGCCAGUGUCGACAAUCUUCAUCGAUUGUGAUCGAGACCGCGCCGCCGACGAUCACGCGUCAUUAUCCGCGAGUACGCCGCGACGAGGAUUUUGGCGCCGAAAAAGUUGGACGUCCGGACUGCUUCCACAACGCAUAUGUCGUCGAGUGAUUUCUCGUUCUCAGUGAAUUAAACACAUUGACGAUUUUCGAGGAUAACAAUCAAAUAGUCGGAGAAUUUUAAUAAAUUUUAAUAGCUGAAGAAACUCGAAGUCGAUUCUCUUAAACGAAUAUCGAUAUGUUUAUUAUUUUGAUAUCGGAAACUGAAUCUGUGGAGCUUGUCGCGCUAAAAAAAUAUAAAAAUUGUUAUCGAAUAAUUUGAUUUUUAUAUCAGACAUUUUUUAUGAUUUUUAAAAAACGGAGAGCUUCAAUUAUAUAUACAUAUAUAUCAUCAUAGUGAAGAUCUUAGUAGCUGUUUUCUAAGGAAAAAUUAGUUUUCGUGGAUUUUGUCAUCGGACAUUGAACUUUAGACCAAGAACAAAGACACGUGUUCCUAGUGUGACUUUAUUAUAAGAUAUUUUCAGUGAGAAGAACUCUUUCCUCGCGGUAAUAUCGCGCUGGCGAAUAUUGCGGCGCGGUUUUGCACGCGGGACCUCAACAUAUCCGUGAUUUGCGUGCGUUUCUCGUUACGCGAGCUCAGCCGAGAUUGAUUUAGAACGAACGACGAGUUCAUUUCACGGUGGAAGAAACGUAACGCGAACUUUCAAAGUCGACUGCGUAAAAACUAGACGUUUCGAAUUAUCGUUCUUAUCGAUAGUCAUGUGAUUUUCAAUGUGACAAAGAUUCGUGCGAUUGGUAUUCUUCUGAUUGAUAAUCAACUUUAUUCUAAAAGGCGCAAAAUAUGACGAUUUUAGAGGAAACGAAGCAGAUUAAUAAAAUAUUUCCGAAUAGAAACUCGCAGACGAAUCCUAUAAAAUUACAGGACUUGAAGACUUGAAGAUAUUUCCUCGAUUACACAAAAGAUUAUCUUGUAAUUUGUUUGAAAAUAGUGUAAUUCGCUUCAUUUAAUACCCUCGAUCAACCGACAUCGAAGCGAGUUUUUCAGGAUAUAAGUGAUCGCGCGACGCUUCAGCGAUGGCCGUCGCUUUGAUGAAACGAAGCGAAGAAAAGAUUAGCGCGAUUUUCCUGUUAAUUAUGCGCGAUAGUGCGAUAAAAGGAGCGUGCAAAAUUCGGCGUGAUUGCGACGGCGAUCCGACGAGGAUCUCGUGACAUUUUCGCGAAGACUCAUAAGCCGAAACUAAUACCGCGGUCUAGAAGAACGCGGGAAAGAAAAGCGAACGAUAGUUAUUAAUAGAACGUUAAUAUGCUCUUGCUGGGAAACGAAUAGAAUAGAGUUUUGCCUCUCGUGAAAGUGGCCGAUCCGAUGCUUUCCAAAAUCGAAAUCGGAGGCGCACUUCCGUAACACAUUUAGAUUCUCCGUGCUUUCUUUCUCGGUCGAUUAAUCGAGCCAUCAGAGACUAGCAGAAGACGACAGAAAAGUUUCCAUAAGUCAAGUGAAAUAAUUGAAACGUAACAGAGAUAUAAAAUUGAAUUUUAUGCGUAUAUCAGGAAGAGGGACAUAUCGGAAAGCUCGAGAUAAAGACAAUUCCGGGAAAUAUAGGACAAUUUCAGAUAAAGCAUUUUCGCUUAUCUAUAUUUUUGUUGAAAACUUGAUAUUAUUUUGGAAUCAGGCAUGCGCAGUGCGAACGAUUAAAUUUUAAUAGAGAAUUCCACUCAAGUACAAAAAGUUUAUUAUACAUUAUCAGUAAGACAGAACGCAACGAACAUCUCUCGCAUCAGUUAUCGUGUUAAUAAACGAAUUCUCGAAGAGCGCACAUAAACGGAUAACUGUUGAUUGAAAUAUAAAUUAUUAAGAUAUAUUUCGCUCUUUUUUGAGAUUGGUGAAGUACACGAGCGUACGUGAGUAGAAUUCAGAUACAGAAAGGCCUUCGAAACUCUGAAGAAUCCCCAAGUAACGUUGAAGAGGGAAACGCAAAGUACAAAAUCCCGCUCUUCGUAGACCGCUUGGUAGAUCUACAUCUUGCUCCAGGUAACGAGAUGACAAGAUAAUUCGGUGGAAGGCGAACGCAACAUAGACGAAGUUUCUAUAUCAGGAAUCUUGAAACAUCCGAACUAUUAAACCAUCAAGACUUUCUUUUUUAUUUCACUAAAAACCGAAGUAUAAAAUGACGGGUUGCGCUAAAGGAAUGUGGAUAAAAAUCGCGUUUUAUCGUGAAUCUCUUCACGCUUCAAUCAGGAUUAGAAGAGAUCGACGCGUGUCUAUAGCUUGUGUUUUCUUACUUUGAAGAUUUUAACGAAUUACUAGUAAGAAAAAAAAUGUCUAGAUAUAAAUUCUUGUAUGAACGAAAAAGGCAAAACAAAUAAAGUUUGUUGAUAUUUAAAGCGAAUUAUAACAAAGUAUCAUUGGAAGUACAAAAGUGUAUCGGUACACAAUCGGGAUCUAGACACAAUAAGACGACGAGAUAUUUUAAGAGUAACCGAUUAACACUUGGAUGCAAACGUGCAAGUUAUUCUAUGAAGAAUUAUAAGAGUGCAUCAGGAUUAUCUCGGAGCAACAAGACAACGAGUAAAGCAUCGGUAAUUUAAGAGAGCAACUCGAUAAGGAUAAACAAGAGUGUGCAGCGAUACGUUCGUUAAACUACGAUAGUGUAUCAACGAUUAAUCUCGGAUAUGACGAGUUAGCUUCUUGGUGACUCAACGGUGACUUCUCAAAAAAGUGUGAUACGUUUAUCGAUAUAAUCAAGUGGUUGGACCGGAAUAUAUACACACACACACACACACACACAUACAUCAUCAUCAAAAUAGAGUAUCCCGGUAGCAGCGGCAUGUACGGGGGCGGGUCGGCGGGAAGCGCGGGCUACGGGGUCGGUUUGGGCCCGGGACCGGGCCCCUCGCACUACGCGGCUCCCUCCGCUACGGUGGGUUAUCAAUUGGGCCCGCCACCUCCGCCACCGCCACCCCCGUCCGCCUGCCCCGCCGCCGGAAGUCAACUUCUGUCUUACGGGUCCGACUUAUCGCCUCAUCACAUCCAGCAGGCCCACACGGAGACCCAGCAAUCGAAAAGACGGAGAUCCGACGAGGAUGAUCCGAGUGGGUGUAAAUAUAGGAGGCUGGACGACGAUAACGUCCAGGAUAAGGAGAGAUUUGCCAGCAGGGAGAAUCAUUGCGAGAUCGAGCGGCGGCGGCGGAACAAGAUGACUGCCUACAUUACCGAGCUCUCCGAUAUGGUGCCGACCUGUUCAGCCCUGGCCCGGAAACCUGACAAACUCACGAUCUUGAGGAUGGCAGUGGCGCACAUGAAAGCUCUCAGAGGUACCGGAAAUACCGCCACAGACAACGCCUACAAGCCUUCUUUUCUCACCGACCAAGAGCUGAAGCAUUUGAUCCUCGAAGCGGCCGAUGGUUUCCUAUUCGUCGUGAGCUGCGACACAGGCAGGAUCAUCUACGUGUCCGACUCGGUCGCGCCCGUGUUGAACUACACGCAGAGCGAUUGGUAUGGCACCAGCCUGUAUUCACAAGUUCAUCCGGACGACACCGAGAAGGUACGAGAGCAGCUCAGCGCCGCGGAACCGCAACACGGUGGCCGGGUCUUAGAUCUCAAAACCGGAACGGUGAAGAAGGAGGGCCAAUCCUCGAUGCGGCUAUGCAUGGGUUCGAGGAGAGGUUUCAUUUGCCGUAUGAAGGUCGGUAACCUGCAGACGACGGGCGACAUGGCGGCAGCGCACGGACUACACCGUAUGAAGCAGAGGAAUUCCCUGGGUCCGCCGGCGCGGGAUGGUCAGAAUUACGCGGUGGUACACUGCACCGGUUACAUCAAGAAUUGGCCACCCACCGGUGAUUUUGUUCCCCCAUGUGUACCAGGUGUGGGUCUAGGUGACAGAGGACCCGGGGGCGUCCAGACUGGUCCGGAUGGGGUAGUCACGGACGAGAAUGCCACCACGCAUUGUUGCCUUGUCGCCAUUGGGCGAUUACAGGUCACCAGCACACCAAAUAGUAGCGAUUUAGCAGGUUCUAAUAGCAAUAGCGAAUUUAUAUCACGUCACUCUGCGGAAGGUAAAUUUACCUUCGUGGACCAAAGAGUUGGUGGAAUUUUGGGUUACACCCCAUCGGAAUUGUUAGGUCAUCCUUGCUACGAAUUCUUUCAUCCGGAGGAUCUAACACAUAUGCGGGAAAGCUUUGAACAAGUGCUAAAGUUAAAGGGGCAAGUCGUAUCUGUCAUGUACAGAUUUCGAGCCAAAAACCGCGACUGGGUGUGGUUAAGGACGUCAGCAUUCGCGUUUCUAAAUCCAUUUAACGAGGACGUCGAAUAUAUCGUUUGUACAAACACACACGCAAAAUCCUUUCAUCCAAGUAACGAUGGUCAAACGGAGAGCGAAGCUGUACCUGCAUACGGACAACCUGGUCUCGAUUAUUCCCUUCAAAGACAUCCUGCUAGAGAUCCGUUAUAUUCUGCGCAUCAUAUGAUGCAGCAUCCGGCAACUGUAGCUACAGCCAGCCCACAACAACCGAGGCCGUCCAGCACGCAGAAUGUCUAUCAAAGCUAUGAGACGACGCAAUCGCCGAUAGCUUAUGGAUCACCCGGACAGCAAAGCGCGUCCUCGUCGGUCUUAAGUAGGAUUCAAAAACCGGCUAAUACAUCGCCAACUCCGCAAGCAUGGGCGAUUGGAAGACAGCAACCUGUGACAGAGGGAUACCAGUACAGUCAAUUAAGUCCAUCGAGAUCACCGAGCGGGCCAACAUAUACGCAACUCAGUAGCGGCGCUAGGACACCGGCUACGCAGCAAUAUCAUGCAGUCACAACAGUGCCUAAUAAUCCUGCAGGUAUGUGGGGUUGGCAAAAUCAACAGCAUCAGACGCCGCAGCCAGAUGGGCAAACCGGCGCUCAAGUGGCCGCGCAAGCGCAACCACCGCAUCCUGGACAGGCCGGACCCGGUACACAGCCGCAAGAAUUGUCCGACAUGCUACAGAUGUUACAGGAUCAGGGCGGUUCAUCUGGCUUCGAAGAGCUGAAUAUGUUCAAUACUAAUUUCGAGUAGCAACGAGAAAGGCGACACGCCUUUGGGAAGCAGCUUCUACUUUAGAGGAAUUCUUUCUCGGGACUUUUUCCGACCAUUCGGUAUCAUUUUGGGGAUUAAUUAAUCCUAUCUGGUAUCGCAAUUCGCACUCUCAGCAUCCGGAAGAUUGUUCAUGGAGAAAGGAAAAACGCGAUUUAACAAUUUAGCACCGCAUAUAUAGACUACGCAAAAAACGAUCGCACUGGGAUUAGGUCAGCCUAAUCUACCGGGUUAUUUACAUAUAAUUCAUACGUAUAUAACAAAAGGUUUGAUUCAUUGAGAGUACGAGACGCCGUCGAUAUAAUCGCCGCAUCGUAAGCUCCGAUUGUUCGAAAUAAUUUUUCAGUUUGAUGAGCAUGAUUUCGUAGCGAAAGUGCCAUUAAGAUAUCGAAUGCGACUGUACUUUCAUGAUGACAAGCGAUUAUUGAUUAGGGCUCGAAAUGAUGAUUAUAAUAUGCACAGAUGUGUUACUCACGUUUGGUAUUUAGCACAAGGCAUUAAAUAUGAAAGAAGCACAAAUAUAUCGUUUGAAGUCAAAAACGCGCAACUGAUAAAGGUGUCACUAAUACAAAAUGCUUUUAACGUACUUAAUGCUUUUAAAGCAUUUCGAUAAUCAUAUUUUGAUGAAUUUGGAAUAUUAUAUUUAAAAUUAAAUUAAUUCCGCAAAUUUACUUAUAUCUAUAAAAGCUAUUUAAUUAAAUAAUAAAUCACCUGAUUUAAAUCAAGUAAUAAAUAGCCUAAUAUGGAUAUUCAUAGCCUUGUUGCAAAUGUUUUAAAGAUAUGUAAAUAUCUUAUCUGUGCUUAUUAUACAAAGUAAUUUUAAUUUACAUGACAAUUAUAAUUGGAAUAUCAUGCGAUUCGAUAAUGAAAUUUAGAAAAAAGGAAGAUGCAAAUAAUAAAAAUGUACUCUAAACAAUAAGAAAAAAUAUUUUUAAAUGAAACUUCUCUCAAUCAAAUCUAUACACAAAUCACGGUAAUUUUAAUACCAGCUUAUCGUUAGAUUCAUAAGAUUAGCUUAAUUAUGUAUUUUAAUUUAGAUCUUUGUAAUUAUAAACAGUGCAAUCAUAUAAACCAACACGCGACAAGAAAUCGUUCAAGACAUUGAUAAUGUACAAAAAUUGUGUAAUCACCUUUGCUUCUCUGUGCAAGACACCGUUUUUAGAUAUUCUUAAAUGAAAAAAAAAAUAUAGAUAAUGUUACAUAUAUACGAAUAAUUGCAUUUAUAAGUAACCACGUGUGACUUAGCGCGUUUGUACAUGUUUUAGCAAAUUUUGAUGAGCACAUUGAAACGAAAUUGCAGCAUAUCAUGAUGAAUUGGGAACAUUUUUCACUAAUAUAUGAAGUAUACAGAUAUGCAUGAUUUUUUUUUUGAUGAACCUACAGGCGAGAGUAGAACCAUCACUUUUUGACAAUAAUUAACAUAUUGAGCCUCUUUAAAUACAGGCAUCAAUAUUUAUACGCGAAUGUUAAGUACGGAUUCGUCUCUAUCAUAAAGAGACUACUUCACAAAUCCCUUAUCCAUUGUUAUAUAUUCCUUUGCACAAUAUCCACUCACAUAUUACAGCUCCGCAAAAAGACAUCGCAAAAUGAUUAAUAUGAUUUAAAGAACGAAAGGUGUUAGAAAUGCAAACAUAUAUCAUGCAAUAAAGCUAUAAAAAAAUA